CGUACUCCUUGAGCUGAAGUGUGAUCUCUAGUUGCUGCCCCCCGUUCUUGCAAAACGCAAAACGGAAACACAAAAACGGCAAAAAUGCAGAAUUUUUUAUAUUAAUUUAAGUGGAAGUGGCGCGCGGUCUAAAAAGAAAAGCCGUGCUUUAUAAAAGUAUUACAUCAACUACAAAUUAAACCGCCUUAAUUUUAGUGUUAAAACAUAUAUAAUUUAGCUCUCACACGGCAUUUUGUUGAAAUUUUCACCAUUUGGUUUAUUUGUUUUUGUGUCCAUUUUUGGUGAACUUUUUGCCAAAAACGAAAAAAACGACCAGGCGGAGGAAGGGAGGAAAACCGAAAACUAAAUCCGAUUCACGCAAUGAGAAAUGAGAUUUAACUGGCUAAGCGAAUACUUGGCCAAGUUAGAUACGCGUGUUAUCCAGGAUUGGAGACAUCAACUGGCGGAGCAGCUGCAGAAAGCGACACCGCAAGCCAUAUACUGCCGCAUCAAGACGACAUCAGCUGAAGCCCUGGAGCAUAUUUUGAUUGCAUGUGCGGUAUACUUGAUAGUAUGCCUGGGCCUAUACAAGCUCACCUUUUGGCUGACAUCGCCAACAACAAGAAGCGUGAGAGACAGGAACAGAAACAGAGACGGACUAGGCCAAGGCGAUGGGUGCACCCUCAAACAAUUCCUACAAUCUGGCCUACGUUUGCGUAGCGUUCAUUUGCCCAAAUCUGGACAAAUGGGAAGAGUUCUAUUUGUGACCGCCCAUCCGGACGAUGAAUGCAUGUUCUUUGGGCCAUUGAUCUAUUCGCUGACCCAACGAGAUGGCUGUCAGGUGUAUAUACUGUGCCUGUCGAAUGGCAACUACGAACAAUUGGCCCAGCUUCGACGUGAAGAACUGUGGCGUGCGUGCAUGAAAUUGGGGAUACCCGAGGAGAAUAUUGUACUCGUUAAUGCCACCAAUUUGCCAGAUGAUCCGAAUGUUGAAUGGAGACCAGAUGCUGUGGCUAGUCUAAUAUUACAUACAGUGGAGAGUUUGGAUAUACAAGCGAUCUUCACAUUUGAUCGUGAUGGUGUCAGCUCUCAUCCAAAUCAUUGUGCUGUGUAUUACGCGGCCGCUUCGCUUUGUUUGGCCAAUCUAUUGCCCAAAGAUUGUAAAUUCUACACUCUAGACACGAUCAAUGUGGUAAGGAAAUAUUUAUCAAUUUUCGAUUUGCUGUGUACUUGUUUGAUGUCAACACAUUGGUCCAUUCUCAGCUGGCAAGAGGCGGGCAUUGUGAGGAAAGCGAUGUUGGAACAUCAAUCACAAAUGAAAUGGUUCCGUUGGCUAUAUAUUUAUACAUCGCGCUAUAUGUUCAUAAAUUCAAUGCGGCAAAUAAAUCUCUCGGAUGUGGAAUUGGAAAUGCAAAUUCAUGACAACUAGAUGGAGAGCAAAAUGUAUAUUUUUUUAAUGUUAAAGAACACCAAAAAGACAAACUACCUUAGAGCAUGAAGUUGUUUUUUAAAGACACUGACGAUUCUACUAUAUAAAAACAAAUAAACUAAUAAACAAAUCGAUCUACUGUAAGCCAAAACAAAAAUUGGACGCAAAUCUCCAAUAAAAACGAACCAGGGAACAAGCAAAGAAAAAAACCAUAAAAAAACAACAAAAUCCAUGAACCACUCACUGUCCACACAUUCUUAACUUAAUUGCAUAUCUUUAUUGAUUAGUUAGCUUAUAAAUCUUUAUGUUCCAAGAUAAAAAGAAAGCAAAAGAAAUUGUGUGCUACUUUUUGAGUCAUAAUGCAUUGUUAUAAUUUCUUAUUGUAUUGUGUAAACCUUCCUUAUUAGUUAAAUUCUCUGUAAAAUUGUAAAAUAGUUUGUUGUAAGCAGCGAAGUACAAUAAUUUUUUGAUAUAAAUAUGUAAAAAGAGCGAGAGAGGGUAUAUAGAAAAUAUUAUAUGAAAAGAAAUGCACUUUUUAACUGUUUUAGUAAAAUGCCAAACGAUUUUAGUUGCAAUAUUUAAA